UAUUUAACAGCAUGACGCAGCUGAGAGCUCACGUUUGCCUUUCAGAGAUCCAGGUGAUGAAAUCUGAUGAAGCCGCUCAAUGAUGGACUUCACUGACUGCAAAUGUUUGCUUUUACAUCGCAUGAUCAUCGGCUUUCUCCUGUUACAGUCGCACGGAGGUCAACUUCGGGUGAUUGGUCCAUCUCAGCCGAUAGUGGCAAUUGUUGGUGAUGACAUAAUAUUGCCAUGCCGCCUUGAACCUGCAGUGAAUGCGUCUGACAUGAGGUUGGAGUGGGCGAGACCUGACCUGAGUCCUGGGCUUAUACAUGUGAGGGCAAACAGUAAAGAAUACGCAAUUCACAAACAGCCCUCCUACAGAGGAAGAACAUCUGUGUCCAACGACGGACUGAAGCUCGGAGACGUUUCACUGAAGCUCUCCAACGUAAAAGUCUCUGAUGAUGGAACGUACAGAUGCCUCAUUCCCUCACUGGGUCAAGUUGCUUUUAUUAAGCUCAUUGUUGGUUCUGUCUCCUCACCUGUUAUCAGUUCAACAAAACAAUCCAGCAGCAGACUGGUUCUGCAGUGUGAGUCUAAAGGCUGGUAUCCAGAGCCUGAGGUGGUCUGGCUGGACGGUGAGGGAAACCUCCUCUCUGCUGGACCUACAGAGACAGUCAGAGGUCCUGAUGACCUCUAUACUGUCAGCAGCAGAGUGACUGUGGAGAAGAGACACAGCAACAACUUCACCUGUAGAGUCCAACAGAAGGACAUCAACCAGACCAGAGAGACACACAUCUAUAUUUCAGUCUUGUCGAGGUAUGUGAAAGUUGUCUUGGCUCCAGGACUUAUUGCUGUCUUACUGGCUGCUGUGUUCACAAUGCGAGGAGUAAGGUACAAACCAGGUGAACAGAUUUUAGUUACGAGCAUUGCUGGCCGAUAUACGUUUAUAUGGGUGGGAGACACAGAAGCCUCUGCCACAGUGAGGGCGGAAAAUCCCCCGGCUCAAACGUGACAGCAACUUCAGAUGGAGUUACAACAGCAAGCAACAGUCGAUGCCAUGAGAUUCUCUGGAUUUUCAAGUUUAGUUUCAAGUGUUAAGUUUAUCUGGGAGGAUCUGAGGAUCUGGUUGUGAGAAAUUCUGAGACAUUUGUAGGGGUGAGACCAUGGAAAGAUUUUAAAGUUUAUCCUGGAAUUAACCAGUGUGAGGAUCUUGUUUCUUUGACCUUGUUCAUAACCGGGAAGCAACAUUUUGAAACAGGUUGUAAACUGGUAGCCUGAGAGAUGCGUAGGUAGAGGGAGUUACAGUGCUCCAGCCUGGAUGAUAUCUGUUUCCACUUCCUCUGGUUGGGACUGCUGAGCAAUAUACGACGCAACAACCAGGCACAAGAGCAACUUCUUUCCACACACGGACACUUCAGUCCGGAUCAUUAUCAUAUACUGUACAGAUAUAUAUAUGAUAUCUGUGUGUUGCUGCCUGCGGGUCUAAACAGACUGUAUAUACUGUACAUACUCUCAAUAUAUGCACAUUGUUACGGCCUCCAGAAUAAACAAAUUAACAAGGCUCUAUUAGAGACCCAGACAUAUUAAAGGACGCCAACACAAGAUGGGGAGAAUGAAACCUACAGACUUUAUUAACUUAUAUGAGUCCAACCAAAGAACAGAGAAUAACGUAGAAACAAAAGAGGUUGGAGAUAUUGGCCAGAAAAACAAAAGAAAGGGAGCCUGCUGAUCCCCUCUAAACUCUCUAUAACUUCAACACUGAUCAUACUUUAUUCCCAAAUUAACUUAUUAUUUAUACAUUAUUUAUUCCUACUCCGAUUUUGCCUUUUUGCACUGUGUGGUUUUAGUAGCAAUGUGACCUGUUCAAAGAUAGCUUGUUUGGUUAUAUUUGUUAUUAAUCUUGUUAUCUGUGUUUAACUGAAUGUGUGUAAAUCAUCUUGUAAAUGAUGCAACAUUCAUUUACUGAGAAUGUAAGUCUUCCUAGUGUUAAAAUGGCUGGUCGAUAAAGCUGAUUCUUAUAUAGAUUAUGAAGUUAUCAGGUACUUUCAGCUUAUACAAUUGAUUUAAUAUCAUUUUAAUAAUGCACUGAUGUAUUAAGUUUUUAAGAAAACACAAAAUAUUCUAUUGCACUUUUCAUAAACUACUGCAAUAUACAUUUUAUCAAUUUGUAUUGUUAUUGGUAUUAUUUUUUUUAUAAGAAACUGACCACAUUGUUUUAAGUGGAUGUGAAUGUGAAUGUAAAAUACUGUACUUUUCUAACAAGUAGCAAACUGUGAGAUUUCUAUUAUAUUUUCAGGAUGUGAUGGCAAUUUGUCAAAUAAAGCAACCAAAAUAUGA